AUGUGGUCGAAGGGACUGAAUCGAUCGCGGGGAAUGGGCAACCCCACAUCGGGCGAUAACAACUCGGCGCAUGUGGAUUCAAUGCGGAUAGAGCCCAUCUCCAAGGGCCUGCCUUCGCUACCCGAGGCAUCGGAUGACGAGAGCAACACACCGACUCGGGCCAGCGAGGCUUUGGCCACUGCACAGGACGCCAAUGAACGGCGAUACUCUGCCGUUUCCCCUAUGGCGUCGCCCGCCCUGGAGACUGUGAAUGACAGUGGAAGCAGCUUCUGUGUAUCGCCUAUUGAUGAGUCGAACAGUUUUCCGCGCCAGGAACAAAGAGCUUCGACUGGGGAGUAUUUCGCCGAUGCUCAUUUACAUGCGCUUUAUGUUGAUACUCCACCAUCUCCACCCGCAGCGCCUACACCUCCACGCAAAAAGAAGGCUGUUGCAUUCGUGGCAGAGCCAGAACAGAUCCCAUCCGCCAUAGAAAACUAUUCACCAGCUGAGCCACCGCAACAAACGCUGGAAUCGGGCCCUAGCGCACCCAUUCGCAGGGAUUUUGAAUAUCACAAUGCUAGUCAGGAAUCCGUUCCGGAAGAUUCUUUUCUUGAACCAACUUUUAGAUCAUUUUCUCCGCCACCAAUCUCCAAGGAUCUGCCUGUCAAAGCGCCAUCUGAACAUCCAAGUAGUGCACGCCGGCAUGUCCAUUCUGGCGAACCAAGCACUACGACCGCUGGAAAAGCUGCUCAAGCCAACCCGCAGAAUAACACUUCUCAUAAAGCGGCUGGGUCUGCAUCCAACCUUUUGAGCUGGGGGCGCGAACAGCUUUUGCCCAUAAAGGAGUUCGCCCAAGCCCGUAGUCGAAGCGGUAGUUUCUACAAGAGCGAAAUCCCUGUACCCAUCAGAGGAAAAGAUAAGAGGCUUAAGGACGGAGGUCAUCGAUCGACAUCACGUGUGGCUCCUAGUGAAGUGCAUUCGAAACGUCCUAGCGCGAACACAGGUGUGCAGCUAUCUCAUAUUGGUUUGGUUCCAACUACCGUGACGACGAUCACUGCCGGUAGUCCAAAGACGUUGCCGAAGAGACCAACUCCACGAGAUGCUCCAACUAAGCAAUGGCGGGAACAACGAGAUAUCAAACCGCUACCAGAAAUCAACACGGUAAUUGAUACCCUGCUCCCUACGCAACCUCUCGUCGACUUUGGUGGUAGCAUUGAUGUCCCGAAGCCCGACAACCCCAGUCCACGUGAAAGCCCUCGAGAUACUCCGCGAGAUAGCCCUCGAGAUAGUCCACGAGAUAGUCCACGAGAUAGCCCACGGGAAAGCCCACGGGAAAGCCCACAGCCCGACUCACGUGGCACACCAGAAGCCGUGGACGAUAACCCGUCUAUCAUGUCCCGCCGACGACCAAUUCCCAUCACCAUGCCGGUGUCAAGGAAGCCAAUUCGCAAGCCGACUCCAGCAGAGGUCCCCCCGGGGCCAGAUCCAGUGGCUCAACCUCCUACAGAUCCAGUGGAUCGCAUCCAGGCUCUGGAAGCCAAACGAGAUGGACUCGCACGGCGUCGAGUCAACCUGGAAACGGUGAUCAAAGAGUUGACCCGAGUCAUUCAACCUAACAAUGUUGCGUAUGACCUUGCCGCCAAACAGGAGGUGAAAAGGAGCGUCCAGAGCAUCGAGAAUGACAUUGCCGAGAUCAAGAGAGAGGAGCAUGAGCUUGGACUGAAGGCCGCUCGGGCGUGGAGACGAUUGGAUGAGAACAACAAUGGGAAUGGCAGUACUUUGUGGGUGAAGCGUGUCACCAGCUGA